AUGAAAUCAAUAUCAUAAUAGACAAGAUCUCUAAUUUAGAAAUAAUAGGAGUUAGGGUUGAUUGAUUCUAGAAUUUCAUAAUUAAAAUAAUAAUUAUAAUUGUAAGAAUCUAACAAUCAUAUCAUUGAAUUCAAGGUUAAUAAAAUUUUAGAAACUAAAAAGAAUGCAUUUAAAGAUUAAUCAGAUGUAUUAUCUGCAUUAUAUUUAUUUAGUCUAGUAGAAGAAUUGAAAAUCUGAAUUAAGAAUAAGAAAACAGAAACAGUAAAAUUAAGUUAUUGAAACAAUUACAAGAAGAAGAUGCUUUAAGAAGAAAAAGAGAUUUGGAUGAAGAAAAAAGACUUGAAUAAGAAGUAAUGAAAGAAAGAUAAAUGCUCUAUCAAUUGCAAUAUAAACAUAGUUAAAAUGAAGAGCUCUAACUUAAAUAGUAGCAAUUCUAAAAGGUAAAUUUAAGCCAUGCUUAGUCUCAUAGAUUUAAGAAUAGAAAUUUAGAAUGAAAUAAAAAUUAGAUAUGUAAAGAAUAGAAAAAAUAGAAAAUGUUAGAAAUUCUUAAAUAAAAAAGAAAGCAGAACUUUCAGCUAAAUUUGAUUAAUAAUAAUAAGAGUAUUAGUUAAAAAUUGAAGAAGAAUAAUAGUUAAUUAAGUAAAUAUUCAUUUGAAUAUAGAAAAUUAUCAUUCUCUUAAUUUAGAUAUUAAGCACUUAAAGAUGAUCUUGAUUUGGCAUAAAAGAUAUCUAUAAGAGAUUAUACUAAUUCAACAACAAAUCAAGGUUUUAUUAAACAGCCUUUUGAUUAAUCUAAAAUAAAAAAUGUUAUUUUGACUAGUCCUUAUGCAUAGAUACCAUCCAUAUUAAAUUAAAAGUAUUCUUAUUGUUUAAUCAAUUAGAAAUAUAGAAAAAUUGAAUUUGUUAUAAAAAUUAUUGAAACCUUCUUUCAAAGAUCAAUAAUAAACAACUGAAAGAUUAAAUAAAAAAAAUAAUUAAACUCAUUUCAAUACUUAACUUUCAGAUAGAACACAUAAGAAAGAGAAUUCAUCUAAAUUUGAAACUGAAACAAGUAAAACUAAAUAAAAUAAAUUCUAACCUAUUAAAAAACAAAAUACUAAUUUGAAUACUUAAAGAAAAAGUUCAUAUAAUUUAAAUGUAGAUUAGGAUAGAAAAUAAAAUUAAUAAUCUGAUAAUAAAUCUAAUUCUUAAGAUAAAUAAAAAAUGGAAGAAGAUAAUAAAGAAAAUCAAUAAAAAGAUGAUUAUGAAUAAGAGAAUUUUAAUAAUUAUUAGGAUGAUAAUGAUUAUGAAAAUGAUAAUGAUAAUUAAACUCCAUAAUAAGAUUAAGAUAAAUAACAAGAUGAAAAUUAAGAAUAAAAUUAAUAUAAUGAAGACGAAUUUUAAGAUGAAGAACAAUAUCCAGAUGAUAAUGAUGAAGAAUAGUGA